GCAAGGUUGUUGGAGCCGAAUGCUCAAACCGCUAGCCACAUAUGGGCAGGCGUUAUCCCAAAAAAUUCUCCAAGCUUAUUUCGCUUUGGCCGCCCGUUGAAAGAGAAAUACACCAAGUACCAUCUUACCAGUUUCUUGCUCUCGGCAUUAUACCCUUCGCAUAUUCACAAUGGUGAAAAAGAGUAAGUUGCUAUCGGCGCUAGAUGCCCAUAAAGGACGCAAUUAUGAGUUAGAGCGACAGAAAAAGUUGCAGAAGGCUGCAGAGAGGAGAAAAAGAGCACCGGCGGGAGAUUCUAAAGAUACCCUGAAUGAUAAUGAGGAGCAAGAAACUAAACAAACUGAUCCCACUUCUCUAAAGCAAAAUGGUACCGGAGAUAGAGAAGACGAAAAACCCACUCCUACGAGCCAAGCUAAAGAGGAGCGACGGACGGAUCAGGAAGAAGAGCAAGAUGAAGAUGGGGACGAGGAUGAAGAGGAAGAGGACAUUCCCUUAUCAGAGCUUUCAGAGGAAGAUGCCACAGACGUAAUACCGCACCAACGCCUCACUAUCAACAAUUCCGCCGCCAUCCUCUCUUCGCUCAAGCGCAUCUCGUUUCUCACGCCUCAGACUCCAUUCUCAGAACACAACAGCCUUACAUCAACAGAACCCAUCGAUGUCCCAGAUCCCAACGAUGAUCUUACACGUGAAUUGGCUUUCUACACUGUUUGCGUUUCCGCCGCGAAAUCCGCGAGAGAUCAAUUGAAGAAGGAAGGGAUACCCUUUUCACGACCGACAGAUUACUUUGCCGAAAUGGUCAAGUCUGAUGAGCAUAUGGGCCGAGUGAAGAAGAAAUUGUUCGACGAAGCUGCGGCGAAGAAGGCAAGCGCGGAAGCUAAACGACAGCGAGAUCUUAAAAAGUUCGGAAAACAAGUCCAGGUUGCCAAGCUACAACAGAGACAGAAAGAGAAGCGGGAGACGCUGGAUAAGAUCAAUAGUCUGAAGCGGAAACGCAAAGCGAGUGAUGGGGCUCCCACUGAAGAGUCAGACCUUUUCGACGUUACCCUAGAAGACGAAGGCAAAUCCCAUUCACGGGGUGGAGCCAAUAAGGGUGGCCGCAACGGUCCGGGUGCUCAAAGCAAGCGACAAAAGAAGGAUCAGAAGUUUGGGUUUGGGGGCAAGAAGCGAUUCGCGAAGAGUGGAGAUGCGAUGUCCAGCGGCGAUUUGAGCGGGUUUUCAGUGGGUAAGAUGAAAGGACAAAAAAAAGGAGGCGCGCAGAGGCCGGGGAAGAGCAGAAGGGCAACCUUCAAGAGGACUUGAGAGUGCGGCAUUCGGGAGCACAUAAUUGCAAACGUUUGUGAUAUUUUCUCAUUUCAUUUCUGUAUGCUAGGGAGCGGAUGGGUUUAUAUUCCCGCCCUAAAUUCUAUAGAAUUGAUUUGUUUAUCAAAGCUGUCGCUAAGUCUUUCCUCGUUAUGAAGGAAUAGGGAUUCAGGGCAAGUUAUGUAUCUGCCUAUACACUGCAAGAACACCAAGGGCUAUCCUAUAGAAUCCUCCAUUUGCAGCCAUGUCAGUCAAUUUGAAGGGCAAGGCUGGAUCACACUUAAAAGUUGUUAAUAGGUCGUAAAUUCUUCGUUACUCAUCACUAAAGUUAUAGGGAUCCAAUAACACCAAAAAAGUUGCCUUCCAGAAUCAUGCCAUGUGGUAUCGCCUGAUGGAAUAUAAAAAUACAUAUAUCAUAUAUAUAUAUAUGUACUG